GGAUUCUGGCAAAGUCCAACGUCUGGGAUGUUUCUAAGGCAACAGCAGCGCAACUAAGUUUACACACUGAAGGCUAAAGUUACUUGAAGAUCGUCACUGCAUUAAGAAGAUGAAACUGCAAUCAGUGGAGUGCAAAAAACAGGUUAAACUCACUGCAGGCUAACCAGUGGAGGAUCACAUGACCUCAUCGGACAUGACGGGUACCGGAAGAAGUGUAGUAACUAUGGCAACAGACUCGAUGGGAUCUGAGCUGGAGCAGCGUGACGGUUCGACCCUCCAGUUUGACAGCUACCCGAGGAACAGCAUGCAACACUCUUACAGGCUGGACCAGAGGCUACACCUGCUCAGGGACGAGGUCAGGACGAUGACCCGGGACAAGGAGCGAGGGGAGCAGGUUUGGCGGGACAGACUGCAGCGCUGUCAGCGGCAGCUGAAGGCCAAAGAGGAGGAGAUGAGUCGCCAGUCCCAGUACUUUGAAAACUUUAAAACCCAACUCCAGCACAAGAUCAGCCUGGCCCGGGACCGAGAGCAGAGCCAACAGAACCGGAUCCACACCUUAGAGAAGCAGCUGCUGGACAUGACCGUGAGUGCAGCCACUGGUUUGACAAAAAUCAGUGCAGUCAGAAUCACCGCCGGGACUCUGACACACUGGGAAGAACAGGAGAGGCUUCCUCCUACGAGAGGAGAGGGGGAAGGAGAGGAAGAGGGAAAGGAGGAGAGGAGGAGGCAAUGGCAGUCCAGUGUGGGAAAUGAAAGGGAAGCUGAGAAAGGCAUACAAGGGGGAUCAGUCAAAGAUGCAACGCAGACUCCAAGUGAAGCCAGGCUGCAAGGCUUCGUCCUGAGCCUGCAGGAGGACCUCAGGGUGCUGCUGGAGAGAGAGGAGCAUGGGAUGACAGAGCGGAGAAGACUGAUGGAGCAGCUUCAGGAGUCCCAGGAGAACAGCCACUUCCUGGGGUGCAAGGUGGAGGAGAUGAAGGCAGAGGAGCAACAGCUGAAGCUUUCUGAAAGCUCCCUGAUGGAGGAGUCUGGAGAGCUGAAGGAGGAGAACCAGAGACUCAAGCAGAGUCUUACAGAUGCAGCUAAACACACCGCCACAUGUCCUGGGACCAACACUGUCUCUCGCACUGCCAUGGGAGAGGUACAUCUAACGUCGGAUGAGGGAACAGGCCAGCCUUAUUCCUCUGUAGUUCCACCUGUUCACCAGCUGGUGGCAGCAGAGAGCCUACAGGACAACUCAGAGGAUCACUCUUCAUCUGCCAAAUCAGAAAAUCCGCCUAAAACCUUUAAAAGAAACAACAGCAGUCCCCAGUCACUCUCCUUGACUACAGAGAAACUAGAUGAGUUGAAACUGGGGACCUGGUGCUCCAGAGGGAUCCUAAACAUGGAGGAAAGCCCCAGUGAGGAAUCUGAGGCCCUAAUGGAAGCCUACAGGAGCCUGGGGUUAGGGGAUGAUCUCAAAGCACUUCAAGAUCAACGUGACCGCCUGGAGGUCACCCUGGGGAAAACACAGGAGCAGCUGCGGAUGAUUGACCAGGAGAACACUCGAAUGAAAUUACAACUAAAGAAAGACGCUGAGAAACAAGAAGCAGAUGCGCAGCAGGGGUCUUCAAAAGAGGUUAGCACACUAGCACCCAGUGAUGGAGGUGAGGAUGAACUUGUCUUGGCCCUGAACCAGGAGAACCGGGCCUUGGCAGAACGGAUUCAGGAGCUUCUGGCUCACAAUGAGCUCAGAGAAGAGGAGAUCAAGAGGGAGCGAACACAUCUGAGGCAACAUAUCUCCGAGCUAGAGGCAGACAGAGUCACGCUGAAGCAGGAGAGCCAGGAACAAGAGUGUUUGAUUACAGAACUCACCAAGAAGACUGAGGAUGAUCUGAAUAGCAUCAUGGAGCUGCAGCAAAGGUUAGUGGAGAGUGAACAACGUAUGGAGGAGUCACAGAUUGGCCACAAACUGCAAAGUGAAUUCUCAGCUGCGACAUCAGGACGUUUUCAACAGAAGAACCUCGAAGAAUGUGUUGACAGUUUGGUGGAGAGCAUGCUAAAAGGGGAUGAACCGCGGCUUGAGUCCAGUCAACAAGCAGAAGAUUUGACUGUAGUUACAGCAGCCAGUUCUCAGCAUAAUAAUCAAGAUGAUCUGCUAAGCAGUGUUAGUACACUGACUGAUAAAGUGUCCCAGCUGACCAAGACUGUCCAGAGCCUCAAAACAGAAGAAGAAGAACUGUCAGGCAGCCUGAAUACUCUCAGGGCGCAUCAGAGAGAAGUAAGUCUGUCCGUCCAAACACAGACGGAAGUGAAACAGCAGUUAACUCGGACAGUUUGGGGACUGAAGGAGGAGAAAGACGGCAUCUCUAAAUCUGUGGCUGGUCUGAAACAAGAGAGAGAGCAGCUCACGAGGACAGUCUGUGGGUUCAAGGAUGAGAGGGACCAGCUUACGAGUGGCCUGAAAGAGAAGAAAGAGUCUUUAUCUGGCCUCGAAAUAGAAAAAGAGAAACUGCUAGAAUCUCUCUCACAUGGAAAAGAAGAAAGAGAUCAAAUCAUGCAGUCACUACAAAGUGUACAGACAGAGAGUGAGCAGUUGAGCCAGGCGGUGCUUCAUUUAAAACAAGAGAGGGAUGAACUCUCUGAUUCUCUUAAUUGUCUGAAGAAACAGAGAGACGAGGAACGAUCAUCUUCCACUUCACAAGAAGAACGUGAAGAGUUAAUAAAAUCAGCUAUCACUUUGAGAGAAGAUGAAGAAAGAAUUGAGCAUUCAAUCAGCUGUUUGAAACAGGAAGAAAAGCAGAUGCAGCUUUUACUUCAGGGCCUAAGAGAGGAAAGAGACAGCCUCAAAGCUGCUCUGCCCAGCCCAACACAAACAGAGAGGAGGAAUCAGAAGCAGCCUCUGACGACUGAGACUGAAACAGGAGAUACACAGAGAUGUCUGACUCGGGACCACAGAGGAAACACUGAAGAGGGGCUAAGUGAUCUGAGGAGGGAGCUUGAAGCUUUGGGAGCAGAACUAAAGACGUCUCAUGAGGAACUGGACCAGAGCCGUGUAGAUAACAAGAGGCUGCAGAGGGAGUUGUUCCAAUCAGAAUCCAGGAGGGAGGAGGCGGAGAGGAAGGCAGCUGACAAGAUGGUGAGGAUGACUGUUGUAGCCAAUCGGAUGGAAGAAACCAGAGAGGAAAAUGACAACCUCACAACACAGGUGAAGCAGCUGCAGAGCAAAGUCACAGGCCUGCUCAGGGAGAGGACUGAUGCUCUGUCACUAAAGACACACAUUGAGGAGCGACACGACAUCCUCACAGCUCAGCUCAAAGCUAAGACAGUGGCUCUAGAGGAGCUGAACUCUGAGUAUAUCGCUCUGAAACGAGGGCAGGGCAGCAAGGAUGAUCUGAGCACGGCUCUCGUCUCGCUCAGGACGCGCUACAACGACAUCAGAGCUAAAUAUGAUGAACUCUUGAAAAAGAGGAGCCAUACGGAUCUGGAGGUAGCUCCUUUAAGGGCCAAGCUGUCCUGCCUGGUGGUGAAGUGUCUGGAGAGGAACAGCCUGUUGCUUCAGAUGAUGAAGGACAUGCAUCGAAGAGGCUGUGCAGACUCAACUCUAACGCUGCAGGUGGAGCAUCUACUCAGUGACGCCGCUCUGAACGACUACACUGCAGCAUUCACACCAGGGAGCACCGUAAAGACACGAGAUCACAGCGCUGGCUUUACACCAGGAUUCAUUUCCAAAUUCCAAGACUACACCAGUGGACUCACGGAAGAUCAGAGCUGCUCUUCUAUACCACUACUUGUGAAUCAGCUUUACCAAAAUGAACUCAUACCUGAAUCUGGAGUGAAAUGUAGAAAACUAAAAAGUGAAAAACAGUCAACUUUGGUCACAGCUGUAGCUGACUGCAUUAGUGAAGUCACUCCUGCACCAACAGCCACACUGAAGAAAAAUGCCAACGCACCUGUGCACGAGCGCCUCCAAGCGACGCCAUCACCUGUUGUUCCAGAACUGAAAGAGAGCUUCAAAUCCAAUCCAGCACCGCUCUCUCCCUCUGCCAGUCGACCAGAGAAAUGUCAUCACCAAAACAUGAAAGGGAAGUCCUCUCCAGAUCCCAUCCCUUGGACCAGAUCUUCUCUGAGUCCCUCUCCUCUCCCCUGCAGGGAGCGUGUCAGUCCCAGCAGGAGGCUGAGUAGUCCUGAGAAGAUCAUCAACCUCCAUGAGCAGCUGCAGAGGAUGCUCAUGAGCAGUUAUCAGGAUCCAGAGGGCAGAGGAAGACGACAUCAGCCCAGGAAAUGUCUCUCGUUUUCAGCUCCUGCGGACCUGAGACCAGCCUCUCUCACAAAGAAGCAGAGCCUCAGUUUGAAUGAUCAAAAUACCAACUCCCUGCUGACUGCUGCUGCUGUGAGCCAAGCUAAGCACACUCCAGCAGUGAGGUCCACAAAUGCGUCUAACACACUCUUUAAUGCAGUCACCUCAAGAUCUGCUCAUGUUAGCUUCAGUCCGAACUUGUUUACAUACCAUCACUUUAAAGCAGACACGUCUAAAACCACAAAGCCUGCACUUUCUAGCUCUCCUUUCGACACUGUGGCAGCUAGCAAAGCCAAACCCACUUCAAGCAGUGGCACUAAUGUAACAACAUCCCCAAAGAAAAUCACUUCCAUCCCAGACAAAUCUGAUGCGAAGCAAACAGCUCCUACUCCCUUAACUCCGAGGACUUGUACCAUUGACUCUGAUGUCUUAAUAUGUUCUGAGACUAAUCCAAAAAACACUGUCUCAGACACAACUGCCCCGAGAAGACCAACUGUACCUGAGGAAAACCAUUUCAACAUGCCUUGUGAAACGGAUGGUGCUACCCCUGCAUAUCAUGGACUUAUAUUUGCUGCACCCUGCACUUCACCUGCUCAUUGCUCUGCUGAGAGGUCCAAGUCUUCCAGAAAGUCCACCACUGCUUUAGAAAAGACCAAGACAACAAGACCUAAACCUGAAGCUCCAGCCGAGGUUCGCUCUGUUGAGGUCAUCAGAACAGUCGGACAAAGCAGCCUCUUGAUUGGCUGGGAGAGGCCGCCACUGGAUGAGCUGGGCUGCAGUAACGGCGCAUUUGUGUACGGGUACAGGGUGUUUGUUGAUGGAGACUUCCACAAAUCGGUCAUGAGCUCAGCGUGCACCAAGUGUAUUCUAGAGAACGUCAACCUGAGUGUCCCAGUGAAUAUAAGUGUCCAAACACUGGGCUCUGAAGCUCUCACUUCAAACUUUGUCCACACCCUGUACAGCACGUCGGUCAGAACAGACUCACUGCAAACGUAAGGAUGGCAAAGGUCAACCAUCUCACUGUAGGAUAAUUCCAUCUUCUGAGUGAAAACCUUCACUGCCAUUGGCCGAAGAUUUACAGUGCACAGCCAUCUUUAGUUGCAGCCCUCUGUGGGACGUCCUGACCUCCACCUCAGCAGCCAGGGAGGCUCCGUCACGCUGCUGGGACUCCGGCUCAGGUCAACCAAUCAGAAAUAUCUCACGUUGUGUCACUUUACCAGCCCAUGACCUAUGGCUCUCCGCUAAACUCUUGAAACGAUUAUCUAAAGAUGUCAUACAAAGCAAGACUCUUGCUUCUGCGCAGAGAGUCUGAAUUGAAAGCAGGGGAAGAGUUGCUGAUCCUCUUUGAGAGAACUUCCUGUUUCAGAGACCAACCGGCCGGAUUGAAUGUAUAGGAAAUAGAGACUGCCAGGCUGAUAACAAGUGAUACUUCACUACAAACUAUAUGAAGCCAAGAUCAAUGACUUUCCAAAUGCUGCCUGUUGCACCACGUAUUCCAACAUUGUUAAGACUCAAAAUAGUUGGAUGGACAUCUGCUGCACAUUCUAACACUGUGUGAAACACCUCUGCUAAUCGGACAUCAUUCUGCUGCCCCUCUGGACUCUGUGACAUGAACCGCUGGCUAAAGGGACACGUACUGUAUCAAAAGCCUUUUUCAAAUCAACCUAUACUGUAUAAUGUACAGACUCAAUAUUGUACCCGCAGGUCAUCUUACUUGAUUUUUACACAUGAAGCCAAAUAUGAGAAAAAAAGUAUUCACUCCAAAGACUUAUCUGUCUCCUUCUGCUCACAGGUCUACGGGAUUACUUCAAACACAGAAGCUAUUUAAGUUUUUCACACAGUUAUUAUUGAUAUUUAAAAGAAGAAAGGAAAAAAGACAUUAUCACAUAUUUUUUUGCAGAGAGUAUUAUAAAAGAUAUGCCAAUGUAAUGUACCACAAACUGUACGUGUUUUUGUAUGAGUGACACUUUGUUUUUAAUAUCUAAUAGAUGUCAUGUUUGCACGCUCAUAUUGUUUUAUACAACAUUCAAAACACACAUAUGAUGUUCUUUUAUGAAGUUAUUUUACUACCUACUGUAUGUAUGGGUGUGAAUUGAUCAUGGUGCAGCAAAGGUAUUUUUAUAUCAGUACUAGAAAAUAUUGAUUCCUGUACAGAGAUUAAAUGUUUAUAUGAUAUUAA